CCCCCUCUGCCUCACCUUCCGCCUCCGAAAGACCGGCGAGCGCCGCCGCCUUACUCCACCUCUCAUUCUCUUCCUCGCUUAAGAUAUAGGGCUUCGAUUUCGAAUUUGGGGCAGUUUUUGCAGAUCUAAGAUCUAGGGCUUCGAUUUCAACUCCUCUGCAAACCCUAACCAAGCGCAGCCCCCUGCUUCAGCUCCUCUACGUGGCGGUAGCAUUCUCGCACGCCACCCCUCCGCUGCCAUGAUGUAUUUGAGCGGUGGAGGAGGCGGCGACGGGAAAAAGGUCGAUGAUGAUAACAUUUCUGAGACCACCCCUGAAAUCCUCGAUUUUCCUUGACUUAAAAGGGCUUUUUUGAAGUUUUUCUGGAAUUGAAGGUUUUGGGGGAGGAAGACCGACGACGGUGGGUCUUCCUCGCCUAAGAUCUAAGGCUUCAAUUUCAGAUUUUCUUCAUUGCUGGAGAUUUGGAGGCGUCGGAGUAGCUGGGUAUUUGGGGCGGUGGGGGAGGAUGCCCGGCGGGUUGCUGGGUGGAGGAACUCUGACAACUUGUUGGGAAUCGCCUCUGAUGUGAGGCAUGGGCAGAGCCAGAGGAUGGGCAAUGGGGUCACUGGACCCCCCUAUGUUUUUUCAAAAAAAUUUCAAAAAAUUUGGACCCCCUGUAUCAAAAGUCUGGCUCCGUCCAUGAGAUUGUGAGGUAUUAGCUAUCCCAAUUAUAUGCAUAUAUAGACCUCAUGCAUGCAAACCUAAACACAAAACAAUCACCACCCAAAAAUUCUAAGAGAUACAUAAGCAUGUCAUUUACAAAUACCUUCCAACCGCCACCACUAUCCCAAGACUUCAAAGACUUCCUCUCCACUCUACCAAGAAAAAAAAUAUUCGCAAAAGAGCCUCUCUACUGCUAUCAUUAUCAAGGUUUCUGGUACUUGGAGGGCGUCCUCGAAGCUGUGAUUUCAUGCCAAGAACAUUUCCAAGCCGAGGAUUCCGACGUCUUCGUCGCCUCCACUCCGAAAUGCGGCACCACGUGGCUGAAGGCGAUUGCCUUCGCCCUACUUAACCGGAGGCGGCACCCUGCCGCCUCUGGUGACCACCCCCUCCUCUCCAGCAACCCCCACGACCUCGUGCCCUUCCUCGAGAUAGGCCUCUACGGCAGCAGCAAAGCCCUCGACAUCGCCUCGUUCCCCUCCCCCCGCCUCCUCUCCACGCACAUGCCCCAUUCCUCCCUCCCGGAGUCGAUCAGGAGCGGCUCCAAGUGCAAGAUCCUGUACGUGGCGAGGGACCCGAAGGACACCUUUGUGUCGGCGUGGCACUUCUUCACCAGGGUAGGGGUGGCGGACUUUACGAUGGCGGAGGCAUUGGAGCAAUUUUGCGAGGGAUUGAACAGCUAUGGGCCCUUUUGGGAUCAUUUUCUUGGUUAUUGGAAGCAGAGCUUGGAAAACCCUGAGAGGGUUUUGUUCCUCAAGUACGAGGAUAUGAAGGCGAGGCCGGCCGCGGAGGUGCACCGUGUGGCGGAGUUCCUCGGCUGCGCCUUCUCAGCGGAGGAGGAGGAAGGUGGGGAGGUUGAUCGGAUCUUGGAACUGUGUAGCUUUGAAGGUCUCAGAGGUUUGGAAGUGAACAUGAAGGGGAAGCUAAUGGUGGGUCAUGCGGAGAAUAGUAUCUUCUUUCGUCGAGGAGAGGUGGGGGAUUGGAAGAAUCAUUUGUCGCCGGAGAUGGCGGAGAGGAUUGAUCGGAUUGUUGAAGAGAAGUUUUCUGAGUCGGGAUUAUGCUUAUAAAUAUAAUCCUACAAUAUAUUCAUGUGUGUGCGUGUUGUUGGUCCAGAAUUAGUGUGAUUAAUGUUGAAGGUUAAAGUUCUCAUAUAUAUCCGGCUAGUCCAUAGUCAUACGAACUUAAAAUUUACUUUUUAACACGUAUUUAAAAAAAAAAAAAAAAACCUCCAAUGUAAUUAUGUAUUUGUU